AUGUCGUCUGAAGCAGGUCCUCCAACUGCGGGUGCGCAAGCUAAAGAAGGCGGUAUGAGUCCGAUGAUCAAAUCCGCCGUGCAGGGUAUCGCCAUUUUUGUUGGCAUGCAAUUUUUGAUGAAACAAAUAACUGGGAAUACAGGGUCUACAACUACUACUACGACCGAUACCUCGGGAGCAGUUCUGAAUGUGCCAGCAAAUAACGGCGAAAUCCCACCGUAUCAUGCCCGACCCGACAGAUUAGACGAAGGAGCAGUAUGGAGUCCUAUUCCACAAAGGAUUGCGCCUAUGUGGCCCACGGAUAGCUCUCUCGAUAUCACUAUUGUUGUAUCCCCAACUUUCGUUGCGGAACCAACGGCAAAAGUCCCGAGGGAGAGAGUCGUUCUGGUUGAAACGGGUUUCGUAUUUGGAGAUUAUAACCAGCAUCGAUCGAUUGAUGCGAGCUUUGAUGUCCCCUCUGAGGUGCAGAACAAUGGUACACUUUGGGGUCACUUUUAUAUUGGACUUUCUGGAAGCAAAUUAGAUCCUGCCACACCCGGUUAUGAUCCUACAAGGGCGUUUCAUUUUGUUCACCCUUUGACCCAGUAUAUUACUCAGAAGAAAAUAAGGAAGACGAAAAAUCUUCUAUCAGCAGCUCAGGAGAGCGAUGAGUCAGAAGAGAUUCCCACCGGACCUGUAAUCAAAUCCCACUAUCAUCCCAACUUUACAAUGUCCUUUAUCCCGGAUUCUGGCGUCAUGGAUUUCCCAUCUUUGCACCCUGCUGCUCGUCAAUAUGUUCAUUUGGAGGCGAGUGGCUCUAGAGACGGCACUGGACUUAAUGGAUGGUACUAUCCACUACUCUUUGUCAACACUUUCUGGCAGUUGAAGACCCAUAUGACAGUCUUAAAUUCAACGGUCACCAGACUUCCUAUACAUAUUGACCUACAGAACUUUGCCAACUGGAAGUUCACCUUAAUGGCGAGUAUGGAUGAAGGCGCGAAACAGACUGCUAGAAACGCUGCUCAAGGACAAGCACCGCCCGGCGGUGGGGAUGGCACCGAGUUUGAGAUGAUCAAAGAAGUCUUAUUAGACACUAAUAUCUAUCUUUUGGCCACCACGGUUAUUGUUAGUAUCUUUCACAUGAUCUUCGAGAUGAUGGCCUUCAAAUCCGACAUUAGCCAUUACCGAAAUAAGAAGAACAAUGUCGGAAUCUCAGUUCGUUCAAUCCUCGCAAACGUCUUUAUGCAAGGUGUUAUUUUCUUGUAUUUGUUGGACAACAACGAGAAUACCAGUUGGAUGAUUCUGUUUACUCAAGGAAUGGGAAUCGUUCUCGAAUUCUGGAAAAUCACUACGGUUGUCAAUGUUCGUAUCCGCGAUGCGCCAAAUUCAAUUAUACCAUAUCGCAUCGCUUUUGAAGACAAGCAUGUCCUUUCCGAGACAGAAGAGAAGACCAAAGAGUAUGAUGCUGUUGCUUUCAAAUACAUGUACAUGAUUGCUGUGCCUCUCCUCGUCGCUUACGGGGCUUACUCUUUGAAAUACGAAAGCCACAAAUCUUGGUACUCUUUCGUAAUCGCAACUCUUGUUGGUUCUGUCUACGCAUACGGUUUCUUAAUGAUGGUCCCUUCACUCUACAUCAACUACCGUCUCAAGAGUGUCGCGCACAUGGCAGGUAGAGCUAUGACGUACAAGUUUUUGAACACCUUCAUCGAUGAUCUUUUUGCGUUUACUAUCAAGAUGCCGACGCUACAUCGCUUAGCGACACUCAGAGAUGAUGUUAUUUUCUUCGUCUAUCUUUAUCAAAGCUGGAAGUACAAGGUUGACUACACCAGAGUUAACGAGUUUGGACAAGGUGGCGAUGAGGAAAAGAUCGCUAAUCAGCCUUUGAAAAGUAUCUCAGGAGCUGAUGCAAGCGUCAAGGUGGGGAUUGAAGGUGCCAAGGUAGCUGAUAAUAAUGUGGAUGAACUUAUUGGUAAGGCUACGGGAAGUUCAAAUAAGGGUGGAGCAACGAAAAGGAACCUCAUGCACUCGAUUGUUGUUAUCAGAGAUCCAUAUCGCAACUACAGAUUCACUCAAACAUCUAGAACAUCUAAGACAUCCCAGACUCAGUGUAUCAACCCUAACUUUACCGAAGUAUCGGUCCACAUGGGUAAAACCCGUGCAAGUAGUUUUCGCCAAGUACAUGACAUUAGGGCUUGGGGCUUGAACAUCUUCCGGGGAAUCUGA